UGGUUAGUCGCUGGCUACUACCAAAAAAUUAAUAGGCUCUGAGACUGUGGCGGAUGGGAAGUGGAUAUUGACUUCCAUCCAAUCCAUUAUAUCGAUCGAUCCAUCAAUCCAUCCAACUCUUUUUGUGUGCGGUUUUAUUUGCGUCUUCAGGAAUCAUUAUUAUUCAGCUACUUUUUCGAAUUGAAAAAAAGAAAAAAAAACAAUCUCAUCAGCGUUGAAAGAAAUGGAACUGGAUUAAGCGACUGCUUGGGUUUGACUUAAUGUUUAUAACGCAAUUAAUCUGGACCAGCUAUCAAUACUUCCUCCAUCUAUACGCCUCCAGUGUUAUUGCUGCGAUCAAUGGUCUACAGAUGGACUGUUUAUGGCUGUCUUGAAGGAAAACUUAUCCUUAGAAUCCACAAGGCUCAGCUCAUUUAUUACUUACAACAGGGCUACACUUAUCCCGAGCUUUAUUCUUGGUGUUUGGACAGUGUUGAGAUAUAACAAAGACUAUGAACUCAUCUUUUUCAGAUCAGGAUCAGGAUCAGGCUCGGGAUCUAGAUCUAAAGUUGAAGAGUGCAGUUUGGACUUCUGGACAGUUGUCAACAACUGAGUGUCUCCUUACACGGCUUGCCAAAAAGGACGUCGCUGCCAAGCCUUCGUCAUCUUCGGGUGGCAAAGCCAAGAAAAAGAAAUGGUCCAAGGGAAAGGUCAAGGAUAAGGCCAACAACGCUGUCAUCCUUGACAAGGCUACCUACGACAAGCUCAUGAAGGAGGUCCCUACUUACAAGUUGGUCUCGCCCUCCGUCUUGGUUGACCGUCUCCGCAUUAACGGCUCUCUUGCCCGUAAUGCUAUCCGCGAGUUGGUCAAGUUGGGUCACAUUGUCCCUGUCUCCACCCACGGCGCCCAGUGGAUCUACACUCGUGCCACCGGUGUUGAGGAAGAGAAGAAGUCGGCUGCUAAGAAGACGGCUGAUGAUGAGGAAUAAAUAAAGCAAAACAAGCAAUUUUUGUAUAGAUUUCAUCAUCUUCUUUUCAUCCAUAAAAAACAAUCCAAAAA